CCUCUUGUUAAGGCAGGAACUUAACUACUACAUUCUAAUUCCUCCCUCCCCCCAAAUAAAGCAAAUGACAGGUUAUCUGUGAAAACAAACACAGGGUAUUUGUUUUUGGUUCGUUUUCAUCAACUCUCGAGGGUGAGCAAACAAAUAAAAUAAAAAUAAAAAGGAAAGAAACCCACUUAAUGUAUCCAUAGAACAUAUAGCACACCCUGAGAUAUUUCUGAGUCAACCUACUGAUUUUACUUAAACAGAUACAGGCAAGCGGAGUAAAUGCUGGUGAGCCAGUCUCUGAACCAAAGUGUUAACCGUGUAUCAAAAACUCAGCAGCCUUUAUUCAGAGCUGAACUGAAGGCAGAUGAAAUAUUAACAGCAGUUCUAGCAGCACAAAAUGAAAUAUGAGAUCCUGUAUCAGAAAUUAUUAGUAACCUGUUAAAAGAAAUGCUGAAAAAUGGCAGUUACCAAAUUAAAACUGGGAAACAGAGCCCAAAUGGGAAAUUUCAAAAAGUUUGGAGGAAAAUAAAUGACAGAUUGUCCUCUUGGCUCUUAUUACUAUGCCAUCCUAAAUCCUACUUGGCACUAGCUGGUAGAGGUGAAAUAAGAACUGCAUCUCUGCCAGUACCGGUCCUCAAAUUUGUAGUCCUAAAUGUCUGUGAUGGGGUCUUGGAUUGAUUGGAGAAGUAGUUGGAAGUUGAUAGCAUUUGAGCUUUAUCUAAAUUGAAGAGCCUAGAGACUCUUAUUAUGAAAGGCUUCCUCUCAUUUGUGAAUUGGCCCCUUUGCUCCACUUUUGGAUGGCUGGCUUCCUCCAUGCCGAGCUACACUAAAUGUUCUACAUGGGAAAGCUAUUCUCCUUAAAUGCCUCCAAAUUUAAAGUGUCUAUGUGAAUAUGUUAGUGUUUAUGACUCAAAAUAUCUAACAUCAAAAAGAGAAAGAGAAGGGAUACAAAUACAAAAUACCAGGUAGUAAAUGAAGGAAAUAUUUUUUUUCUGCCAGUAUCUAAAAGCAGAUAAAUUACUAUAAGCAGAGUUACUCAGUAUUGGAUGCCAGAGGGGGGGAGGAUGGAAGGAAAUGAGCUAUAGAACCAUAGGAUCUUAGUGUUGGCAGAGACCAUGCAGUUCAUGCAGUCCUACCCUAUCAUUUUUCAAUGAAGGGACUGAGACAUGGGGAGUUAAGGGACUUGACUUGCCCAAGACACAUAGUUGUUUACUGACAGUCAUGCCAAAAACAUUUCCCAACUCCCUGUCCAGGACUCUGCUGUUCAGCAUGCUACUGCCAUUCUACUGAAAAUUAACACUAACACAGCCAGGAACAGGGAAGAAUUCUGCAUCUGUGGGGAACAGGGGAAAAGAUACAUUUAGAGGUGGCUAUCACUAUGAGAAACGAAAGAAAAAACAAAUGGUUUUCCUUUGUCACUAACUGGCCAUGUUUUGGCAAACCAUUUUGUGUCAGGUCACUCCCUGCCUCAUGCCUCUCUAUGAAAAAAGAAGAAAUAAUUUGGUUAUAAUCUCACAGUUUAUUUUGUGUUCAGGUAUGAUUUACUUGAAGAUCUCUUAGUCAUACAUGCUAUCCCCAGAGGUAGAUUGGUUUGUGAAUGGCAUUGCUAUUUAACUCCUGCUAGUUAAUUGAGACUAAAUUUCUCCAACCGUGAUAUAUAUUCCAGAGUUCUCGUGUGUGUGUGUGUGUGUGUGUGUGUGUGUGUUGGCUGGAAAGGUUGAUCUAGUCCAUGGGACAUUCCUGAUUAAGAAUGAGAAGUAACUUUCAGAUGUAAGAAGUAAACUUCUCCUAAUACUUGUAUUCUGCUAGCCUCUUGGAAAACCUAGGCCACGUAUACAACUGUUACUUAAGUUUCUAAGUUAAGUGAAAGAAUUUUCUUUUAUUUUAGAAGCACAGAGUAAUCUGAAGUAAACCAAGAAAAUAUAAAAUAAAAAUUCUCCAUAGAAUCCUUUCUGAAACAAAACAUAGGUUUGUGUUGGUUUUUGGUUUUUUUUACAUCAAUCAAGGUUUUUCAGAACAGAGUAACCAGAACUGAGAGAAUCAGACAACAUGAUGAAAUCUACAGAUGGAAGGUUUUGCCUGAAAAGCGAUUAUUAUGGACAUGAGAGGGCUCAGGAGUGGGUAGGAUUUGAGUUGUAAAGGAGGGUAGCUGAAACAAGAGAAGAUAAUGCUUGACCAGGUCUAGUAAAAUAUUCCCUGCCACAACCACUGUUCCAUGAAGAGAUUGAGCCAAGAGGCCUGAAUAAACUAACCUUAAGUUCAGAGUUGCCAUUAUUGUGGGAGGCAUCAGGAAGAGCACAUCCGGCCUUGUGUUACACAGUAAUCACUGCUGGGUGUCAGCAUUCAUCAGCCAGAUGGUCAGACCCACAAUUAAUCAAUUAGACUGGGAUGAUCAACUGGACUAAGUUUUCCCCUUUGGUAAAAGCCCUCAUCAUGCGGUCAAGGCCAAUAGUACUUUUAUCCUGUUGCUUUUGGAGAGGCUCCUAAAUUUUUCUCUUUUUUAGGCCUCUCGUAACUGAACAUGUUAGGCUCUAAAUUGUUUCCACAACACAGAUACCCCAAACCAAGGUUUGUACAUAAUGUAUUUUCAAGUAUACUGUUUCACAUUAAUAAAACUUAAGUUUUUGAAGGCAAGAUUGUAUACAAGGUGAUUCAGAUAUUUUCCAGAGUCUUCCUAUUGAUUUUGCCCAAUCCAGUGUAAAUAAUGGCAAGGGAUUUGUCUCCUAACUUCUAAUAACAUAAUAAUCAAAUAUGAUAUAGCAAGUCAUAGAAUGUUCACCAUAAGACAGAGACUGCUGUGACAAGCAUGGAUAAACAUUGGCCAAGACUUUGUAAUACUUCAGUGGAGAUAAUAAUAUUUCCCUUCCAACAAAAGUAAACUGAGACUAGAAAGCUCAUUAGUCAUUCAGUAAGAAUAUUGAGAUUAUUUAAUACUCUGGGAUGAAAACAUAAUGAAAUUUAUCGUAUUUUUUUUUACGUUUUCAUGUUUGUGAGUCUGAGGAAUAACAAUAAGGGAUAUAUUCUGUGUCUUCAUUACUCAUCUUUAAAAAAGUUUUUAAAAAAUUUUUUGUUUCCUGGAUGGGUUGAUUUUCUUGUUUUCUAUGCUUAGCUGCUCCAUAUCAGUGGAUUUGCAAUUAUUUCCUUCAUUUCGGCAUUAUUACUUCUCAUUCUCAGCUUCCACUACCUCAAUAUCCUUGUCUAGAAAUAUGAGACCUUUAAUUCUGUUAUGAAUGCCACAACUUUUUACCAGUUCACUUAUAGGGCAAUAUGUACCCUCUAGACCCAGGUAUCUAACACAAAUUUAUGUUUCUGUGCUGAACCUGUUUUGUCCCUCUUUCAUUUCACUCUCUUCCUGCUAUAGUACAGUGCACAGGACAGAUAGAUGUUUGAAAAUCCUACUGGUAGGAAACACCACUUCCUUAUGGAGCUUAUACUGACCUCAUUAGGUAGAAAAACAACACAGUGCCAUAGUUCCCUUGUAUAUUGUCAGUAAACUUUUUGAGUGUCUCUCUUUUUCUCUACCCUUUAACUUAUUUAGCAAGUGCUUCUCUUUGACCAUUUCAUACAAGUUGCACAAGAAUAACCUUGGGCUAGAAAUAAACCUUAAACAACAUAUCAAGCUCCUCCUUAUACAUAUAUUAUUUUAGGAGGAUGAGACUUCUCUUGCAAUCAGCUAUGGCACUUUGCUUUGUAUUUGUUUUGUGACUUAGCAAAUUGGGAAAACGGUACUAAAAUACCAAGAUAGUAUUUAGGCAACUGUUUUUUCCUCCUUUCAGGUUCAAAAGCACACAGAAGCAUAGGUGUUUCUGUAAUCUUUGUGAGCACCUUUGUGAGUUCUGCCAGUACCUUCCUUUUCUGACUGUGACAGUAUUCUGUUCUUGCUAUGUUUGGCAAUCAGCUGUUUUGUUCUGCUUUUCCUUUUUCUGUAGUUCUAUAAUCUUCCCCCCUGAUGGGGCUCUGUCAUUUUGAUGUGCACUAUCCCUGUAUAUUGGACAGUUGAGCUCUGCCAUCUAGGCUGCCUUUCUGCUUCACUUUGCUCCUGACCUAAACCCCCCCUGCUAUUCCAGGCCUGGCCUCUCAUGACCAGAGACUGCUGACUCAUCCUGGCCUGUGCCAAGCUGUGCAGUCGCUUAGUGAUGUGGACAGGAGUCGAAGGACUAGAAUGAGAUCACUGAACUCAUUUCACUUGUUGCUUACGGUACAGUCCAGCAUGAGCUGGAAAUGUAGGAACCUCAGCCUCCCGAGCAGAAAGACACUCUGGAACACUGUGAACUCGACAAACUAAUCAAAGCAGGGAGCUUAACGGCCAGGCCUGGACACUCUCAAGAGACUGUGCUGAUUCUCAGCCGUCACUCCUUGGAUCAGGAACCAAGUCCUGCCGUGGCUGGCACUUUUCCUCUUUGUGUGAGAGAAAGAGAAUUGGCUGGAGUAACACCUCACUCAUCGUACAGUGGACUUGAAACACGGCAUUGAAAGUACCUUGACCAUCAUUCUGUCACCUGCCCUCCCCCUUUAUAUGCGGCUGCUCUCUGUCCCCUGCCCCAAUGAACAUCUGCACUAGGCCCAAGCCUUGGACUGACUUACCUGAAGAGUGACACCAUUUGUUUGGAAACUACUAUGAGGAAACUGAAGCCCAGAGAGGUGAAGUGAGGUGCCCAAGGCCACACAGCAAAUUAGAGGCACAGCUAGUACCAUAGCUCAAGUCUCCUGACUCCCAGUCCAGUGCUCCUCCCAUUACUCCACGGGUCCUGUCUCUAAGCUUCCUGACAAAUGCUAGAACGGAAGAAACCCAAGACAGCUGAAAACCAGAAGGCAUCUGAGGAGAAUGAGAUUACUCAGCCGGGAGGAUCCAGCGCCAAGCCGGGCCUUCCCUGCCUGAACUUUGAAGCUGUUUUGUCUCCAGACCCAGCCCUCAUCCACUCAACACAUUCACUGACAAACUCUCACGCUCACACCGGGUCAUCUGAUUGUGACAUCAGUUGCAAGGGGAUGACCGAGCGCAUUCACAGCAUCAACCUGCACAACUUCAGCAAUUCCGUGCUCGAGACCCUCAACGAGCAGCGCAACCGUGGCCACUUCUGUGACGUGACGGUGCGCAUCCACGGGAGCAUGCUGCGCGCCCACCGCUGCGUGCUGGCCGCCGGCAGCCCCUUCUUCCAGGACAAGCUGCUGCUGGGCUACAGCGACAUUGAGAUCCCGUCGGUGGUGUCGGUGCAGUCAGUGCAAAAGCUCAUUGACUUCAUGUACAGCGGCGUGCUACGGGUCUCCCAGUCCGAGGCGCUGCAGAUCCUCACGGCCGCCAGCAUCCUGCAGAUCAAAACUGUCAUCGAUGAGUGCACACGCAUCGUGUCCCAGAACGUGGGGGACGUGUUCCCCGGCAUCCAGGACUCGGGCCAGGACACCCCGAGGGGCACCCCGGAGUCAGGCACGUCGGGCCAGAGCAGCGACACGGAAUCGGGCUACCUGCAGAGCCACCCACAGCAUAGCGUGGACAGAAUCUACUCGGCCCUCUACGCCUGCUCCAUGCAGAAUGGGAGCGGGGAGCGCUCCUUCUACAGCGGUGCUGUGGUCAGCCACCACGAGACAGCGCUGGGCCUGCCCCGCGACCACCACAUGGAAGACCCCAGCUGGAUCACACGCAUCCAUGAGCGCUCGCAGCAGAUGGAGCGCUACCUGUCCACCACCCCUGAGACCACGCACUGCCGCAAGCAGCCCCGGCCCGUGCGCAUCCAGACCCUGGUGGGCAACAUCCACAUCAAGCAAGAGAUGGAGGACGACUACGACUACUACGGGCAGCAAAGGGUGCAGAUCCUGGAGCGGAACGAAUCCGAGGAGUGCACAGAAGACACCGACCAGGCCGAAGGCACCGAGAGCGAGCCCAAAGGGGAAAGCUUCGACUCCGGGGUCAGCUCCUCCAUAGGCACCGAACCUGACUCGGUGGAGCAGCAGUUUGGGGCCGGGGCAUCGCGGGAUGGCCAGGCAGAGCCCGCACAACCUGAGCAGGCCACGGAAGCCCCCGCGGAGGGUGGUGCUCAGCCAAACCAGCUGGAAACAGGUGCCUCCUCCCCCGAGAGAAGCAACGAGGUGGAGAUGGACAACACAGUCAUCACCGUCAGCAACAGCUCCGAUAAGGGCAUCCUGCAGCAGCCUUCCGUCAACACAUCUAUCGGGCAGCCAUUGCCAAGUACCCAGCUCUACUUACGCCAGACAGAAACCCUCACCAGCAACCUGAGGAUGCCUCUGACCUUGACCAGCAACACACAGGUCAUUGGCACAGCUGGCAACACCUACCUGCCAGCCCUCUUCACUACCCAGCCCGCGGGCAGCGGCCCCAAGCCUUUCCUCUUCAGCCUGCCACAGCCCCUGACAGGCCAGCAGACCCAGUUUGUGACGGUGUCCCAGCCGGGCCUGUCCACCUUUACUGCACAGCUGCCAGCGCCACAGCCCCUGGCCUCCUCCGCAGGCCACAGCACAGCCAGUGGGCAAGGCGAAAAAAAGCCUUAUGAGUGCACUCUCUGCAACAAGACUUUCACCGCCAAACAGAACUACGUCAAGCACAUGUUCGUACACACAGGUGAGAAGCCCCACCAAUGCAGCAUCUGUUGGCGCUCCUUCUCCUUAAAGGAUUACCUAAUCAAGCACAUGGUGACACACACAGGCGUGAGGGCCUACCAGUGCAGUAUCUGCAACAAGCGCUUCACCCAGAAGAGCUCGCUCAACGUGCACAUGCGCCUCCACCGCGGGGAGAAGUCGUACGAGUGCUACAUCUGCAAGAAGAAGUUCUCCCACAAGACGCUCCUUGAGCGACACGUGGCCCUGCACAGCGCCAGCAACGGGACCCCCCCUGCAGGCACACCCCCAGGGGCCCGCGCCGGCCCGCCGGGCGUGGUGGCCUGCACGGAGGGCACCACCUACGUCUGCUCCGUCUGCCCAGCUAAGUUUGACCAAAUCGAGCAGUUCAACGACCACAUGAGGAUGCAUGUGUCUGACGGAUAAGUAGUUCUCUUUCUCUCUUUCCUAUGAACAACACAAAAAACGACAACAACAACAAAGAAAUAAACAAACAGAGCUAUGGCACUAGAAUUUAAGAAAUGUUUUUGGUUUUUGUUUUGACCUUCUGUUUUUGUUUUUGUGUUUUGUUUUUUGUUUUUUUUUUUUCGUUUAUUUUGUACUACAUGAAGAACUGUUUUUUGCCUGCUGGUACAUUACAUUUCCGGAGGCUCGGGGGGACCUUGGUUCUCCCGGUCUCCCCCGGAUGGUGGCCUUAAGGCCCGGUAGUGCUUCAAGAGCUCCACUGGUUGGAUCUCUAGCUACUGGCCUCUAAAUACAACCCUUCUUUACAAAAAGAAAAAAGAAAAAAAAUCUCUAAAAAAAAAAAAAAAGUAAAAAAAAAAAAUUUUUUUUUUCACUUGUGAAGAGCACUACAAAAUAUAUAACAAAAUCUAAAAGGCCUACUGUCUUUAAGUACACCGCUUGCAGUGUUUCAGUGGACAUUUUCACAAUUCUGGCCGCUUGGAUUUCAUAGUAACCAGUUUAAAAGAAAAAACAAACACAAAAACUGUGGAAAAAUCACUUCUGGUUGAAAACCCAGAGGAAAGGCCCUGCUGUUUUCCACCUACCACCAUGUCUGAUUUCACACAAGGGCUGUGGGGUGGGAGGGGGCUGUGGGCUCAGUGCUGUGGAAAAGAACAUGGCAUGGCAGGCUUCUCUCCCCCAUUGGGCCCAGUCGGCCCUGGCUCACCUCCUCCACCCACACCCCCUGUCAGCAGAAGCCAGGAAGACUUGGACAAGCAACAAGCAACAGUGGCUAUCGUAAUUUAUUCAGUGUCUUCGCUGAGCCACAGCCUCAGCACAAUCAAGAGGGACUUUCAUGAAAGGCAGGAAUGCAGAUUAAACAAAGAUAUCAGAGAUUUGCACCUAUGUUUCUAGGUACAAGAGAAGGAUUAUUUCCAACAAUCUUUGCAAAAAAAAAAAAGUGUCAGGAUAUAUUCUUGUGGAAGAGAAAAAGAAAGAGAAAUGGAGGGUGGGGGGAACAAUAAAAUGUUCUUGAGGCUUUUUUAAUUCAAAAUUUUAUAGAGGGGCAAAGUGACGUUUACCAGAUAGAAUGCUGAUUUUUUUAAUAUAUUUACAACAGUAUUUGUGUAAAAAAAAAAACAAAAAAAAAGUGAGAUUGUUAAAAGUAAUUUUUUUUGUUUUGGUUUUGCAUACACUGCCACCAAUCCCUUCUCUUUUAUUUCACACGCAUAUAUAUAUAUAUAUAUUUUUUUUUUUGGUAAGUCAAGACUGUUAAGGUUAGCGAUACUGCUUCCAGAUAGAAAGACUAAAAAGCAACUAAAGUUAUAUUUGAAAGAGAGGAAGGUUAUUUUCUUCAUAUUUUUUUUAUUUUUCUUAAUUUUUAUUAUUUUAAGUAUUGCCUGGGUUUAUGGGGGGGAGGGCUCUAUAGGCCCCACCCAUCCCUGCUGUAAUUUGAACUGCUGCUUUGUAUUUUGAUAUGUAGUUCCUUGAAUUUUAGCAAGCUUAAGUUACUCUGCUCAUUCAUCUAGAAGUCUAUUGUUUUUCAUAGGAGGGACUUUAUCUUUUAGAAGCAGAUUUUUGUGCUUCUCCAAAAUUUCAUUGAGCUUUUAGGAUUCUAUCAUUUCUAUUGACUUUGCUAUGUUACUUGGAUGAUACACUAUAGUAGGUCUAUAGAUCUUGACAAAUGGAUUUGAUUCUUUUGUGGUCAGCCAGGAGGAGGACUUCACAGAACUCUGCCAUCCCUGCUCGCCCUUCAUAACUGCAAGCAUUAUUAUGGGAAGCCUGUUACAAACCAUGAUGCAUAGAUGCCAAAAUUUCUUUCUUCCUUUCAAAUAUUACCUUCUGACUCUUUCCACCAUGGCUAAGAGGGCUAAAUAAGAUGAUCAUUCCUUAGAUGACAUGCAUAGAUAUCCUUGCUAUUUUGGAAAAGUCUUAAGGAAAUUUACAGUUUCCCUGUCAAUUUUCAUCACUCAAAAAGACCACCAAUCUAUUGCAUCAUGCCAGAUGCCCCUUUCUCUUCCUUAGUUGAGAUUUCUUUCCUUGGUCUUGAUCAAGAAGUCAUAAUGGAGAUUUUUCCAUUAUACACAGUGUCCUGAAAGGAUUCCAAUUCAAACAUAGGACUUUUUAAACUUAACUAAUACUCCCAAAGUGAUUUCAUUACUGGGCAUGGUUUAACACACUUAAAAAGAAAAAUGCAUCUUUAAACAAAGCAGAAACACUAAACUUCAAUUUUGUAACGAAGAAAAAAGAGGAUAUUUUAGUUUCAAAAUUACUCUACAUUUUAAUUUAAUUUUCCAGUUAGUGUUUUAUUUACAAAAACUGCCACAAACGAAGAAAAAUCUUCCAAGGCAAGCAACUCUAUAAUGACUAAAUUGGUUUUAUUCAUAUAUUUUAGACAUUUGGUUAACUUGGCUCUUUGCCAUAAGUUCUUUGUGAUGGUUAGUAGUUUGUGCAACUGGAGUAUUUGUGAGUUUGAUUUAGUCCUAUGGUGCUUAAUUUGCUGGAUAUUUUGCUAGAAGUUUUAAGGUAGACUUGGAUGAUUAACUGACUACUGAGUAUCACCCAUUACAAUUUCUAAGAGGAGUCUUGCCAAGAACUGGGUUGCCUGUUAUAGACAUUCUCUUCAAAAACACAGAAUGUCCAUUUUUCAUUGCUAAUUUUGCUGUUAAAAAUCAGUGUUGACAAUAUUCCCACUUACCACCAUUAGAGGGAGCAUUAAUUAGCUAUGUCAUGGAAUUGUUUCCAUAGUUUGAAAAACAAGCCAUUCAGUCCAUCAAAUAAAAAUAAAGAUUAACAUUUAGAAAAAAAAUUAAUCUGGAGGAAAAUGACAUCAGUACAAAUGACAGAUGGCCAAAAGCCACUGUAUACUAUUUUCAACCAUUUGGCAGUAGUAUCUUUAAAAUAGUCUUUACUCAAACCUUAGCAAGUAAGUAAAAAAUUCACAGAAAAGCUAAUACUGAGUCAUUUAGCUAUUUCUCAAAUCUGAGAUCCAUUUGCUGUCCUGCUGAUUUGCCAGUAAAAAGCUAGGCAACAGUGCUAAAAUCUGCCUUUUUAUUAUAGAGCAUGUAGAGAGAGAGAAAAAAAAAAAACUCCAGGUGACUUGAAACCCCAAUAUUUAUCCUUUUCCUGUAAGGGAAGUAUCUCUUUUCAAAAAGAAAAAAAGUUAUUGGGGGUAAGAGUUCUUGGUGAAGUAAUGAUUCUUGCAGUCUAGGACAAAAUGAACAACCCAGAUUUGUGUGGUAACACACUUGUUCCUACUGUUUGUCUUUUCCACCCAAAUAUCUCACAACCUAAAAUAGUGGGCAAGUUGUUCCCUGAAAGCAGGAUGAAGCUAUAUAUGAGUGGGACCUCUAAUUUGGGGAAGCAAAGAUAUUGCCAUGUAGCUACUGCUAUAUGUCUGUCUCCGAAGGGCUCCUUUUUCAAACUGACCCACAUUCUAGAAAAUAACCCAGUCUGUAUCUGUUUCUAAAGGAGACAGAUGCCAAUUUCAAUCACUAUUCAACAAUCACAAAUAUCUUCAAAAGAGGGAAACAUAUUUUGCUUUUGGGUUUUAAAUCCUACAAUUUUCUCUUAUUUAGAUCUUCCUGCCAGGAUGCUAUCAGUACUCUUUUAAAAAUUCUUUUUAGUAGCCAGGAAAAAUCUAGAUAAGAUGGAAGCAGAUGUUCUAGAUUUAAGAUCUCUUAAAACAAGCACAGAGAGAAAGAGCUAGUAUGGAAAAGGAAUGUUUUUUUUAGCAACCUAUGAUUUCAAAGGGAAUUUGCUAAACAACAGGAAGGAAAAAAGUCAAAGGGGAAUGUUUAUCUGAAAACAUUUAGAUAAUUUAUGAAAAUAAAAGUUCCUAGCAUUAAAAACAAUGAUAAUGUCUCAGCAUAGUAGGAAAUACUUUCCCCUGUUAUAUGCCAAUAUUUGUGCAAAAGGAAUAAAGAGCCCUAAAUAUGGAAAACAUAAUUCAAAACUAAACAGGAAUUGGAAUUUGUGGAUUUGGUACAGUUCUACAAUAAGAAAAAAGUGAGAAACAAGACAGCCACUUAAACAACUGAAAUAAGAAUCUCUAUAUCAAAAUAACUUGAUUGUAUAUUUUAAAUGAGUUUUAAGGUUUCAUUCCUUAUAACUAUUUUGUAGACCUUUCCCUCCACCAACUCUUAAUGCUUUCAGUCUGUUUCUGGCCAUUCCUUCCACCUUACAUCUUAGGGGUCACAAUAGUUCUUAAGCUUAGAAACACUUGGAUUUGCUUUGUGUAAAAGUUAUACAGGUUUUAGUUUAUCUCAUAGUAUAUCCUUUAAGGGCCAAAAAAAUCAUUUUCCAACCCAUAAACAGGGAGAAUUUGCUUGUUGAUGAAAAGAAAAAAGAUUUCUUCUGGGUAUAUGAAUUUCACUUUUAAGUUCUGUUAUCUUGGUCUGUGUGCACUUCUAUCACACAAACACAGGAGCAGUAUGUUCCUUGUUCAUGCUCUCAUGAAUCAGUUAUUUGCUCUCAGCCUAGAAGUUAAAAAUGAGGUGGCCCUAGGAUCCCAAAGAAAACAUAGAAAAGGCUUGUGUGGCUUUCUUGUUGGGGAUUCUCAAUAAUAUUUCUGAUGCCUGUUGUCCUUAGGAAAAGGGAAAAUAUAGUAAACACAACUAGGAUGUACAAUAGAAAAACACCCAUCCUUUCUGUUGAUAUUGAAGAUGUAAUUUAAUUAGAUGGGGCCAGGCACAGGAGAUAAUAAUAAUUCUGUAGGACAGGCAUCAGAUGAUUUGUACCAGGCUGCCUCUGCUAUGGCCAGCAUGCUGCUAUAAAAAAUAAAAAAAGAAAAGCAAGGUACAACACAGAGCAAGCACAACCCGAGAUGUUCUGGGGAUAGAAGAAAACUUGAGGAUACCCCCUUUCUACUGUGACUUAACUCAUAAAAGAAAUCUUCUAAAAGAAUUCUUCAAUUUAGUUAUGAGUUAAAGUUCAGGGUAAUGGAAGCUCUGGGGAAAAGAACAAAAGAAUCUGGGGGAAAAAUGUAUUCAGCACCCAACAAUACUAAGCCAAAAAGCAGCCAAUCACAAAGCUAGACAGUUUGGCCUGAGAUAUUUAAAGAAACCUUUGGGCUUUUGCAUGGGAAGGGUCGACAGACUUUCUUUUGAGUGAUUUCUGGCUCUGAGAAACCUCUUUACCCAAAUGAUCGAUUUGAUCCCCAAGAAAAAGAAAUUAAAAAAAAAGAAAAGACACUAAAGACAGGACCAUGUGACCUGGUGACAAACAAAAAGGAGAGUGCACUAGAAUUUCAAUAGACUCCCUAAUCCCAUAGAAAAAGCAAAGCAACCCAAUGCUUAGGACUGCUGAUGGUCAGUCUGUAGGGAAUGAAGAGUGUGCUCCAGUUGACCCAGCUACAGACUUUCUGGGGCUAGCCUCAACUUCCCAACUGGAGCCAGGGCAGCCUCUUUCUCUUCUCAGUAUUUUCAUGAAGAAAAGGGCUGUUCUCUUAGUUACAUGGGGCAAACUUUCAGAAGCAAUCUCUGCCUUGGUGCUCAGACUGCCUAGGGAGGCAGAAAAAGGGCACAGAAGAGCUCCUGCCCUUGAAAGAGAAUAUUUUCCUAUUCCCAAAGGCUUUCUAUGUCCAGUUACCAUUUCUGAUAUCACUUAAUCCUCUGCUAGAGGCAAGGCAGUGGUGACUCUGUGUUUUUGUAAACACACGUGGAAAUUACUGAUCCAAAACACUGAGUGUCCAGAUAAUCAGCCUGACCAAAAUACCCCAAAGAUUUUUCUAAGUCUCUCAAGACUUUUUUCUUUGAACACUGAACCAAUAACAGUCAAUGAUGUACAUUAGCAGAUGCCAGAAAAUGGUCAUGGGACAGUUGAAUUUAUUUCCAUUCUUUUCUAGGGUAGCUAGGUAAAUGUGAAGGCUACAUGGCACAAUUUCUUUUUUAGAACUACAUAUUUCCUCCUCUCUGAACAUGGGGUGAGGUUACCCUGGGUUUAAACCAAAACCAUCAUCUUUCCACACCACUGACUGAAACAACCUGCCAUUUCACUAGCUUCCUAUGGUCGUACCUGCUUCUCCACAGACUGAAACCAAAUCUAAAGUAAAAUAUUUUCCAAAAAGACACUGAUAGUAUAGAAUUAUUGCCCUAAAUGAGAAAGCCUGGGAAGAAAACAAAACAUAAGAAAAUUAGAAGACCAUGAAGAUACGUGAACAUGAAUCACUUGCUUUUUAAUAAUUACACUAUCACAAAAAUCAAGCCCUACUCAUGACUGAGGACCGUGGAAAGAGUAACUUUAGGGAAGAGGUACCAAACUUGUCUGGACCUAGCUAUGCUCAGGAACUAGCUGCUACUUCCUAUCUCCCCUAUUUCAUUAGCAGGCAUAGGCUGCAUGUAAAAUAAGACAUUAUAUUACUCAAUAAUGAAUCCCUUAAGAAUAUGAUCACAGGUACCUGAGAUGCUAGUUUCAAAUAUUUCUUAACAUGGAGAAUCAUUCCAACAGAAAGCUUUCCUCACACAGGAUUUAUCUCUAAACUCUUUUUCUUGGCUUUCGUGUGCAUCUGGUUUCUCUGGUGGCUCUUUGUUAAAAUGCAAACUCAAAACUUUCCCAUCUUCUGUGAAAGAACAUAAUCUGUAGAGCACAGACAAAAAGCUAGCCACAGUCAUGGAAGUCCCAGCUUCAGGGAUGUUUGAUAAUGGUCUGAGUCCCUCCUGAGCCGCCUUCAAUUUCAGAGAUUUUUUGUUUAGAAUACUUAUGAAUUUCUAAUAACACCCAAGACCAAAAGAAAAAAAAAAUAAUGAACCCCAUGGGAGACACCUGUUUCUACUACUAUUACAACAGUUCUUGUUGCCCGGCAAUAUCCUUGUAAUUUAUGUGUAGAUUCUACUCAAGAAAGGAUCUUAACCCACUGGGUAUGUCACAGCUGCUGUCCAGAAUAUCUGUCCAUGAGUGUAGCACAGGCGAGUGCACACACAAUGUGAGGUGCUAUUAGUACAAAUCUGUAUAACAUUCAUAUUUCUCUAGUGACAAAAAGAUCAGUUUGGGAAAUUCUGGUUAGAAGUGGAGGGUCUCACAUAUUUCAUACACCUGCUUCUGCUGUGUUGCCUUAGUCAGGUGCCUCGGUUAUCUGUGACCAAGCUUUAGGGCAUUCUGAAGGAGCUCAAACAUCAGUAAUUUCUGUGUAUCCUUUUGUGAGAAACUUGAACAAAUGCUAUAUUUCUAUUGGAUUUACUGGGGUGUGUGUGUGUAUCAGUCUGUGUGUUAUGUAUGUGUGUGCACCCACACAUGAACAUGCGCAUGUGUGUCAGUGUGUGUAUUUAUUGUCUUCUGGGUGCAUGUGUGGUACCUCUCAAAUGAAGCACUCACAGGCAGAGUCCUGGUGCCUAGAUAUGGUUGUUUGUUCUCAUCACUGUACUCAGACUUGUGGCUUCCUUCCCAGGAAACAGUCACCUGCCCACUCUGUUGCUUUUUGUAGCAUUUCCGAGUUGGGAGAAACAAAGGCAUCUUGUUGGCUCUACAGCAAACCCACAGGACAGGCUGUUUUCCUCCCAAAGAAGGUGGAGCACAAGUGCUCAACUGGGAAGCAGACCAGAGGGUGUAGAAGGAGAGCAGGGCAUCUCAUCCAGUCUCUCGGAGGGGAUACGGCCAGGCAAGGUCCAUUGGCCAUCGCAAGGCUAUCCAGGGCUCAAAGGCCUUUGUUCUUUCCUCUCUAAAACCCAGUGUGAGACUCACACACAGAGACCCACAUGUGAGUUUUAGUCCCAAACUAAAGCUUCCUAGUGCUGCCUGCAACCUCCAUGAAUUGUGUCUCCUGAAACCAACGUGGCCUUUGCCCAAGUCUUUCCGUAUCUAGCAAACCAAUAGAUUACCAGCGGGAAGGUGUGGGGGGAAAUCUCUAAGAAUUGUUGGCUAUCACCCAUGCAAGAAUUAAAGUAGAAUGCCACUUUAGCCAAAUAUACUGAAUAAAUGAAUCCGGCUCUCAGGCUGACUCUAAUGGCUUGGUGGCCUAGAAACAGUCAGGUUCAGUUUCUCAUGUUUAUGUCUUUCUUUUUACUAGUUUCUUUUUUUUUUUUAUAGGUAGAUUAUGUCUGAUUCACAGAAUUUAGAGGACACUUUCUUUCCUCUUCUAAUUUGGUGAUUAUUUUUCCUUUUCUAAUUUACAGGCUGUUAACACUUGCAACAUUUUUGUUAUUAUUUUUAAUGUAAAUUGUUUUUCUAUAUCCAGAAUAAGUCUGUGACUGUAGCCAUAAGUAUUUCUUUUACUGGAAAAAUGAAUUUUGUUUUUUGUUGUUGUUUUUUUCCUGGGGUGUUGUUGUUUUUUUUUCUCUGAUUAACAGUACUAGUGACUUUGUGAAAGAUUAUGAGUUACUAUUUAGGUAAGCUUACUUAAGUACAGCACACUACAUUGCAGUAUUUCUGAAACCUAAAACAUACACAUUAUAUAUAACAACUCUGUACUGAAACAUAUAUUACAUUAUAUUCAUUUUAACUUUUGAAUCUGCCUACAAUCAUAAAGUUGAUUUAAAUAUUAUUUCUUUGCAUAUAUCACCUACCACCCACCUGCUGCAGUUAACCUGGUACAUUUAAUAAUCAUCAGGACUGCUCUCAUUUGCUUUUUUAUAUUAUCAGCUUCAGUAUUGUCUUUAGAGGAUUUUUAGGAUUUUUUUUUUAAUGCUCAGACUUGGCAAAUGUAGGAAAGUGAAAACUUUUUAAAACUUUUUUUUUUGAUGUGGCUAUUUUAAAGAGGUGUAUGUUCAAAGUGAUCUUGUUUAUCUGACCCUCUCAGUAUCUGAAGAACAAAAGGAAAUACAUAUGAAUGUAUCUGUGAUUUUCCCCAUUUAGGAUUGCCAAUGCCCAUACUGCUUUUAAAAAUAGACCAGUGAGCCACUUAACUUUCAUAUGAUCUGACCGACUAUCUAUGAUAAGCUGCAUUUCAGAGGGCUGCUCUGGUGAAAAAUACAAGACAAGUGAAAUCUCUGGUUAUCUCAGCCGUGUUCUCCAUUGAUUUUCAUACUGGUUCUUGACUGAAUCUGUUUUCAAUAUGCUUACAAUUAUCUUCACUGGUCUUCAUAAUUUCCCUGUAGGCAGUUUGACACUAUAAUGCUCAUUUCCCAAGAGAUUUGUUUUAACACGAAAACCAGACUUUGAGAAACUUUUUAUUGACAGAGGCUAAUUUACAGACAGAACUCAAAUACUUUAUCACAUUUUUCAAUCUGCAGAGUCUAUAAAAUGGUGGCUCUUGGGUGUCUGAUCCUUGAUAGUUCCACUUGCCUGUUAAAGUGGAAAUUUGGUGCCUUUCUUCUUUAGCUGGGCCACUAUGAAACUUUCAGAAGUCAGACAGUCUAUCUUCCUAUACAAGAUAUACUCUCUGAGAGUAUUUUUCAGAUAAAGAGCUUCUUCAGCUUCCCCCAGUUGUUCAACCCAAUGUCUGGACAUCAGAGUUAUAUCAACCAUUCAUCUAUUCUGGACACUGUACAUUCUGCAACCAUUUUCAUUCCCUUCAUACUAUGUAUUCAAGACAUGAUGAAACCAGCUUUUUCAAUAAAAUACACUACAGAAACCCUCUCUAUACUGUAUUAGUUUAAGUCUCUUCAGUGUGAUCAUACCAAUUCCUUCUUCUAUUUCUCUCAAAUUUGCUUGGAGUCCCCUCAUUCUGGUGGGACUGUCUAUCCAUCAGGUCUUUGCUUCCACCCCAUCCAAAUCCUCAGCAUCCUCACAUCAGGAAGCUUGGUACUCAUUAAGGUUCUACAUACUCAUACUCUGUUUUGAAGGGGCCAAUUUUGAACCAAGUAGUGAAAUUACCACUGUGUUCUCCAUUUUCAGUCAAAUACUUGUCUACUAGACAAACAUGUUUGUAGACUGAGUAUUGGUAAAGCUGUUCCUUCAAUGAUCAUAUGCUCUCUAAACUGAACCAGUAUCGUUAUUUUCUCUUUCCUUUCCCUACCCAUUCCCUUUAUUUCUUGUUUCUUUUUGAAGCUACUUGAAUGACCUAGUGGUCUCAUUACUGGCCCACACAACCCUAAUAGUACCUUGUAAUGCCUGACUGUUUUAUUUCUCAUCCUUCCUCUACCUUUCCUUAAUGUCCUUCUUCAAAUAAGUUCAUAAGCUUGAGAAUCAUAGGUAGAAUGAAACAUGAGGGCUUCGUUGCAGUUUCAGAUUUUAAAAGCUGUCAAUAUUAUUUUGAGAGUGGGAGAACCUGAGUCAUACUUUUAAAUGUCAACUGUACUAGCUGAGAUCAUACUUCCUCUCACCUUUACAUUGGGCCAAAGAUUAAGCAAAAAGUAUUUUCUGGGCUUUUAAAAAUACCACAGUUUUCAAAGUCUUGAGAUGUGUAGACCAUUGCUGAGGGAGAAAAAAAAUGGCCAAUAUCAACUGUUUCAACUCUUAACAAAUACUUAACUAAAUUAUAGACUUAUUUACAGGAAUUUAGAGAAAGGAGUAACACUGUAAAAAAAAAAUUGAUAACUCUCCAGAUCUUAAAAAGCUCUCCUUAUAUAAGUAAGCCACUUCCCAUUGAAGGAAAAAAAUUCAGAAGUUCUUCACUUGCUACCUUUUGGGGGGAGAGGGGAGAAAUCAAUUGGUCUAGAACUUUGAACAGUAAUCUAUAAGGAAUAAAAAGUUUUUCAAGUGCCUGAUUUGUGACCAAUGAUUGUUUAAACAUACACAUAGUAUGUGCAUAAAGAAGACAAGAGAAGGAUGGAUAUGCACUUUACGGGCUGUGCAGAAUAAACAGUGUUCAGUUCCUAAACAUUCACCAUAUAAUUUGGUCAUCAUGUUAAAUCUUGUUCCAGUAGAUUUUAUUUGUAUGGUUUUCAGAGCACUGCUCAGAAGACUGAUGUCAUCCUGAGCAUCUCUUUCAGGAUGCUGGUACAGUCGUUACAAUAAUCCUGUAACACAGUCAUCCGGCCAUGGCAAUAUCGCCUCUCUGGCUCCUCUGAAGAUGAAUCCUCUGACAUUUGGAAGUGCACAGAAGUAUGCUUUCAAUUCUUGCUUUAUGGCUAACAAGCAGAACCAUCACUUAAUAUCACAAAUGGAUUCUUAGUUGACUUGAGGCUUGACCCAGCUUUUGUCUUGAUCAAAGGAACUUGUAACAUCAACUCACACCAAAGAAUGCAGUAGAAUAAAUGGAAGGUUCAGAAGCCUUCCUGCAGCAGGUGUUUAGCAGGAAACUAGUUUCUUAAAUCCAACAUUUAAAUUGCUUAAGAUUGUGAUCUUCACUUGCUUUCCAAGUGAGUUUUAUGUUCUUUUCCUUUGUCCAUUUUGAGUCUUACUAUCUUGAAGUAUCCUUUAUCUGAAGUACUCUUCUCCUCAGCAUUGGCUUCUGAAGGAAUAAAAAAUUCUCUUUUCCAUCCUAAAAUAUUGUUAUCACUUCAACUAUAAUGUUGAGUAGAAAAGGAUCUGGUUCUGAAAGAUCUCAUUUGAUCCAGGUUCCUUCAAGCUGUCCCAAGAAGAGUGCCAACCCUGAUAUCGGAGAUUUCUUACCACAAAUCUGUGUCAGUCAAAGAUUAAUGCCAGUAUUUAAGAGGCUACCAGAUGUGGGUUUCUUAUUCUUCAUAAGCCUCCUGUUUGUCCAAAAUGACACAUGUCAAGAACACCAAGAGCCCUAACAGUAAUUAAUGCAGCAAAAUAAUGGUCAGAAACAUUACAGUAUAUAUCUGGAAGUUUAGAAAGAGAUUUUUUUCUUCUCUCCCCACCCCCAAGAGAAAGCUUGUUUUUCCCCCAACCCCUUACAAUGCAUUUCAGAAAGACUGCAUCUCAUUUUACAGAUAGGUAGUUUUAGUAUUUGCAAAUAUAGUUUAGCAAAUGUUCUGAGAAUGAGGCUGGUAGCAAACAAGUUUAUUUUCUGCACUGGACUUUAGGACAAGUGUGCAUAGAUACAAUUCCUUCAAAGAAAGUGAAACAUGGUAAAGCAAAAGGAUAGUACUUUUACACAUUAAAACAGUUGUUUGCUAUCUGUAAACCUUGAUUUAAGCAUAAAUAUAACAUUUUAGGUACCUGAAACUGGAGGAAUGUGUAUUUUAGUAAAGUCUAUUUGUUGAUUUGUUUUUUUCUUUUAUCUCGUUCUUCUUAAGAUAAGAAAAGAUUUGAAUUCUUUCAUUUGAUACUUUAUCCCAACCAUACAAAAAUCUUCCAUCUUCCCAUUAAGGAGUGUUUUCUCCAUGAAAAUCUUCUUUUUAUAAUGACACCUGAGAGAGUUAAGUUCUGUUAUUCUGAUGGCUUUGAGGAGAGAAAUUCUCUCUGCACUUUGAUAGAAUAGUUAAAAUAACUAUGUAUUGAGAAAAACAUCCCUCUAUACCUAAAUAAAUAGAUUUGGGGCCAAAGAAUGGAAACUGGUUGCAGGUGAAGGUCAUGCAUGCCAUACUACAAAUCCUUAUUGUCUCCUCAAAACCCUUUUAGAAAUAAGGCUUGGAGUAAAUUAAUAUAGUAUAGAAAAAUCCAGGAAAAAAAAAAGGAAGGUGCUAAAAGAAUGCCAAAAUCCAUCUAUAGAUCUUUACAAUUGUAGGGAUUUCUUUUCUAUUCACAGUAUAAGACUGUAUUCAGGUCUUCGUAAGGUCUUAGAUACAGCACUUCCUCCUCCAUCUCACCUCCCCCACCUGGACACUGAGGUGACUGAGAUUCACACAUCGAAACCCACCCAAAUUCGACACUGGGUGUAGGGGAAGAAGUUGUAAUAUUACAUUUGAAGCAAAGUGUUUCAGUUUAUCUCAGUUUACAAAUAGCAUGAUAACCUUUCAAUAACCUGCCUUGUGCAUUAAUUUACAUUCUUGGCUCAAACUUGAAUUGCAAUUUUAAUUAAGUGAACACAGGAAAAACAAAGAGGGGGACAAGAUGAUAGGAUGAGACUAAAUUUGAUACAGUUUUGAAUUCCUUAGGGUCCUUGGAGAAAGUUGUCACCAUCCACAUUGUUUCUGCGUAUCCCUCUUGAUAGUUCCAAGAAUUAGUACAGUAGCUACAUUCCUUUGUAAUUCUAGAUGCUUCUUUAUGCUAUUCAACAUAUCUAAAGAAUUCAUAGAGACCCUUGACUGCUUCUGUACAUAAGGUACUCGCCAGUGCACAUGGGGAGUGUGCAAAAGCAUAAGUGAACGUAAUAUGCUUCAACUUUGAGAUGAGAUUUUCCAAGCCUCUAAAGUGAUUUGGUGUGUUCAUAGCUGGGCAAAUCUUGGAAAAGAAAUAUAGUUACUCUUCCUUUCCUUGAGCCAAAUGUUGAUUUGCAAUUGGUUAUAAAUUUGUGUAUGAACAUUUUAAAAAAUAUUUUUCAGCAGUUAACUUUCUUCCUUCAUCCAGUUUGUUUGAACCUUAAUCUUUUUUUUUCCUAGGGCCUAUUGAGAUACCAAGGAUAAUUUGCAUAUAUCUCAUGAAAGUUCACUUUUGUCUUAUUGAAAUUCUUUCAAUGAUUUCAAUGUGGUUUUCAAAACAGAUGAAAAUGAGAUCUUUUAAUAAUCCUCAUCCUGGCAAACAAAAAGUGAAAAGCUGAUGGUAAAGAAAAAUCCGUGAUAACUUUGUUUUUAAAGUAAUGUGCUGAACCCACUAUGCCAAUUGUUUCCAUGGCCUAUUCUGUUCGCCUAUUUAUGAGAUAUUGAUUCUUCUGAAACUUCCAGCACACAUGUAUGGGUCUGAGCAGACAAGCAGAUUCACAUUUGCAGAGUUAGGAUCCAGACAAACAGUAGACAGAUAGAUACUUCACUGGUAUCAAAUGCAAAGCACUUCUCCAGACUCACUGAUAUUCUCACAUCCCAAAUGAAUUCUAGAUUAAUCUUAAGCAAGAAAUAAGCUCUGUAAAAAAAAUUCCUGCUCUGAAUAUGUUCUUUUUUUCCUUGCUGACUAAUACAAGAAGAGAUAUAAUGCAGAACCUCAAUUUUGGAGUAAUCAUUUACUUUUGUAUUUAAUAACUGUACUUUUGCGUGAGAGUAUCAUUUAGUUAUGUGUACCAAUUUUCAAUACAUCAUUUUGAGAGAGGCCUUGAGAAUUUCUGUGUAUAUGUAUGUAUAUCUGUAUCUGCGUGUAGUCAGGGGAAAAAAAGAGAAAUUAAUAGAAGAGAAAUCAAAUGAAGGAAAGAGAGGUCAUCGUGUUCUUAUUUAUGUUAUGUAAGGUGGCUGCUACCUGUAGCCCUUGAAGAAUAGCUGAUUGCCCCAUUUCAAACAUAAGAACCUGGAACUUUCAAAUUUAAGGUCAUGUUUUAGGAAGCAGGAAAGUUCUAUUUUCUUGUCUUUCUGCCCAUUCCUUUUAGCAUCAGAGCCAUCUAACCCGAUAAAACCCAUUAAACAAAAACCACUACUGACCUUUCCAUAAAAUAGUUACUUUUCUUUUUUCAAUACCCCUGGUCUUAACUCAGCUACUUCCCUCUAUUUUUUGCCUAUUGGCUUAAUGUUUUACAAAAUAAUAUAUAGGUGUAUACUAGUUGUUUCUUUCUUUGAGCUGAAACAAACAGGGGCAACAAAGGAGAUGACUCACAGAAGUGUGAGGUGAAGACUGAAUUUCCCACUUUUGUAGCACUGGUAACCUUUAGUAAGAGCUGUUUAGGAUUGAGCUUUGAGUGUAUAAUAGGACUUUUUUUUUUUUUUUUUGCACUAAGUAUGACUGCACUGUAUUGCACUACUGAAAUGUAUUUACUUGUGCCAGGAAAGAGUGUGUUAGGUAAGGGAAAGAAAGAGGCAAGUUGGGAAGCCAAAAGCGUCACUGAAAUGGAAGAGUUUUUCUAUCCUGCUUGGUCUUAGUAGAGUAGGUGAGAACCUAUAGAAUCUUUGCCAACUCUUGACCAAGCCUAGCAACAGCCAUGCUGAUAAAACCUGUUUUCUUUUUGUAAAGAAGUUGGACUAGUACAACAAAUAGAGGAUAUUUCAGAAGAAAUUUUACCUAAUGUUUUUUCUAAGUUUCAGUAAGAGCUGACAUAGUGAGGAAACCAACUGAUACCACAUGAAGGACUUGACCUUGGCCCGCACCACAAAGCCCUUGCUGAAAGAAAGAAGGAAGGAAGGACAUGAAGGAAGGGAGGAAGGAGGGAAGGAAGGAAGGAAGGAAGGAAGGAAGGAAGGAAGGAAGGAAGGAAGGAAGGAAGGAAGGAAGGAAGGAAGGAAGGAAGGCAAGAGGCACAGCCUUGUCUGUGUUGAGAUAUCCUUUCACUCUGAGCAUAUUUUUCUAUCUAUUUUUCCAUCCAUGGGUGAUAGGCCAGAGGCAUAGCCUUGUCCAUAUUGAAAUAGCCUUUUACUCUGAGCAUACUUUUCCAUCCACGAGUGAUAUUUAGACCGGGCUAACAAAAGAGGAAGGCCAUGCAUGUGGUAAAGUUUUGUAUGGUGACAGUAAGGGAUCAGUGCAAUAAACCUUGAAAACCAGUGAGGUGAAAGGCUUAUUCUGCAAAACGCUAGGCCAACUUGAAAAUUGGAGGAAGAAUUAAAAGAUUCAUCAGAACCUACCAGCUACUUUGUCAUAGAUUGUCCUUAUUGAGCAGAGAUCUUAAUAGUGCCUAAAAGUCUAGUUGUUUCUUCCCUAAUUUUGUUGGAGGAUUUAUUUUUAUUGCCUUUUAAAAAAAUCUUAAAAGCAGAGUUUGACAGCUCUAUAGUAACUGUUAUUAAGAGAAUCUUGUCCUACUAGAAAAGCAAUAGAUUGUGUGGGGAAAAAAGUAACAAAAGAGUAAAGAUGCUGAGAGACUUCCAGAAUUUAAGGUGACUGCUUUUGCAAAUUCUGGCUCAGUAAGCAAGUAUUGCAACCCAUAUAAACAGUUAAUAUUGAAUUUCUCUGAACACUCUUGCUUGUGAGAGCAUCGGUUUGGGAAACUCUCAAUUGAGGCCUCUAUUCUAAGAUUACACUAUUGUUACCUGUCUCUUUCUUUCUCCUCCUUAGCUUCUGCCCAAGUCUACCAUUGCAAAUUGAAUUUUUGAAAAAAAGUUAUCAGCCUUGCUAGUUGGACAAAUUCCAUGUAGAGCUUUCACAACUAACAUAGCAACCCUUAAGCACUCAAAGUAUUAUCUCUAUUUAAAAGAAGAAUUAUAAAUGCAGAGCUGUUAACAGAUACUUAAAAAUGCCUACUGGGUAUGCUCUAAGACAGCAUGACUGCGACAAACCAAAGCUUUAGAAAGAAAAAAAUAGACCUUUUAAACAUAUACUUCUAUUAACUGCCCUAGGAUAUUUUUCAUGAAACUUCGGGGAAGAACCUCUUCCUUGAAUCUUGCAUAUCCAUUCUGGUUCUAUCACCAAAGAUUUUCAUCUCUACAACCCAACCUUCUCUUUCCCAGAGAAAAGAGCUACAAUGGGGUCAAGGGAUAUGCUUUUGUUGGUCAAGGGAUGAAAAUUUGGUUUUUCUUCUGUUCACAGUGGUAUUUUCAGGAGACCUGGGCAUUGGAGGAGCUACUGAACUGUCCUAUGACCUAAGGUCUGCUCAGAGGCUUGGAAAAUACAUACUAGCACUUGACACUGUCAACUAUUUUUUUUAAUAAAGUCAUGACCUAGAGGCUGAUGGAGACAAACACAUUUCCAAGGAAAAGAGUGAGCUGAAUCAUUUGGAACUGAACAAGGAUCAUUGGUGAACUGUAGGGUGGCAUAUAACAAGUGCAGAUAAGAUCUCUGUGAGGUCCAAGCCAACAGUAGUGAACUGUGGGGUAACAGAUAACUGGCCAAUGAAAAGCCACCAUCUAGGUAGGUGGUGUUGGGGUUACUGGAGUAGUUGAGAUGUCUGUAACCAUGACAAGGAAAAUAUUUGGAGGCUGACCUGUUAUGAUAGUGCCUUUCUUGUUAUAGCAAGUACUCGAUUAAUAAUUUAUUCAGUUAUACUUUUUGGACCAUUGUCCCCAGUCUUCUGAGGAGAUCUAAAAGGACAGUAUCCAUUUAGGAAAAAGGGAUGUGAUGUUGCUCCUGGGAUGCUAUGAUUUGAUGUUUGCACUAGAUUCUAAACUUUUUUAACUGGAGCAACUGAAUGAGGGAAAAACCAAGGACAACUCAACCAAAAGCAGUAUUGUCUGAUUUAUUCUACUUCCUAUUCUUCUUCUUUGUCCUCCUCUUACUUCUCCCUCCUCUUCCUUUUCCUUCUUCUCUCCUCUUCUUCUCCUCUCCACUUCUUCCUCCUUUUCCUUCUUUCCAUUCUUCUUUUCUAUCUUUUCUUCACCUCUUCAUUCUUGUGCUUACUUUUCCUCUUUCCCUUCUUUUUUCUGGGAGGAUACUUUACAUCUGUUGUUAACAAGCUCAACUCUUACCAAUUCUUUUCCUUCAUUUUUUGCUCCACACCAAGCCAUCAAUGUGGAUCAAUCAUCGGUUAGGGAUAGUUCAUAAAAGGAGCCUCCCUUUUCUCGCCUUCUCUGAAUCGUCAAGGGCCAACAACAGUGGGCAGUGAGGAAUAGAGAGAUAUACAUUCACCCCAUGCAGCCCAGCCUUUUCAGAGCCAGUAAUGUGGACAUUGUGUUAACAACUGAGUUGACAUGUCACUACUCAAAAGACAUUGGAACCUAAAGGCUCAUCCUAAUGGAUGCUCAGAAGGAAAGAAACCAAUGUGUUGAAGUAAACAAAAGUCAGCCUGCUUCUUUUGUCUCUUCUUUAACCCACCUUCCCACCAUGUCUCUCUCUCCCUCAGAAUUAUAUCUCAUCUCAUAGGUUACCAGAAACGAUAUUUGAUUCCUUGGUUUCUCUCUUUUAUCAGUGGGCUGGAAACUCCUCCAAAAUUAGAAACAAAUACCAUUCAUAGCUUCGCUGUCACCAACCACUUUCCCAGACAGUAUCUACCUGGUCUUGACCAGUCAACAAAGAUAAUUCAUUUUCCUUUUUGUUUCCAUUUCCAUUUCACUUGUGGGUGAGGCUAUAGAAAGAUGGAAACCAUGAGAAGAGUCCAUAGGCUGCAGUUCUAGGGCAUAGCUUGUCAGGAGUUUAUUUUUCCAAAAUAUAUCUUUCUGCACCUGUGUUCAGUUUAAUCUCUUGCCCUUGAUGAUCAUUUCUAUUACAUUUGUGGUUAUUUUUAUAAGAAAAGAGUCCAUUUGCUGUGUCUAUUUGAGUGCUCUUUUUCUAUUUCCCUACAUGGACCCAGCUCCAACCUGUUAAUGAAGUAUCUUUUUAUUAUGUUCUUAAUAUGUAAUUCUACUGUAGACCAAAAAUAUAAAAACAAAUUUGUUCCCUUUAAAGAUAUAAAGAACUAGUGAGUGAAAGAUUUAAGAGGUGAAAGACAGAAGAGCAGUGGUUAAUUAUGUUGAGUUAGAAAUCUAAGAGUAGCCUUACCUAGUUUUUAACCAGUGCUUGCCAAUCAUACCAUAGUUGGGAUUAUAUUAUCUUGGCUUCUUCAAGCGUAUGUUCUAUAAUUCUUAUUUGUCUGUUUGUUUUAUUUGAUGUAAUUGAGGUUGCACAUCAUGCUAUUUUUGACAAUGCCUGAUUUUAUUAUAUUGUAAUUUUAUCAGUCAUUUUCUUUAGAAGAAUGAGGGGGAAAGUUUUAUUUCUUCUUUUAAUUUAAAAUUUGUUUUAUGCACUGGAAAUAAAAUUGGACACAAUUCACUGUUUAAAAGUCAAAAACAAAACAAAACAGCAACCAUGAAGAAAAAGCCAGCAAGAAAACAAGGGGGGAAUAAGCUCUGAAAAAAAGUUUGUCCAUUCUGAAAACACAUGCAAUCUACAUCCCAUGUGAAAGACCAAUGCCAUCAAGUAAAAAAUUAUAUAUAUAUAGAUAGAUAUAGAUAUGUGUGGCAUAUAUCUAUAUCUAUAUAUAUAUAUUACAAUGCUGAAAAUAUAUGAGGAGCCUGUGUUCAAUGGAAAUGUAGAAAACAUGGAAUUUCUUUUUGAUGGGAGAUCUUGUCAUUGCCCCAAUGAAUACCUAAAUAAUUUGGAUAUGGAGGGAAUUGUGGACUGUCAAGGAAAUAACCACAGCCUUCCUGAUAUUACUGGAGCUCUGGGUUAUUACUUUUAUCCUAUGCUUCAGCUCCAUUCAGAGAAGAAACAUACACACACACACACACACACACAGAAAGUGAUUUGUAUACAGUACACAAACAUGCACUUUGGCGUCCUAACUGCCCAUGUGCUACCUCACUGAUUUACAGUGAUGGUCCUACAACAUGGGAUUCUAUCAGUGACUCAUUGAAUAUUGGCAUAUGCUAAAGAAACUCUUGAAUCCAGACUGCUCUUCCUUUAUCAGCACUUCCCAAUACCUACAGGGCCAACUAGCCAUACCCGUGCACAGUGAAAACACAGCUCUUUACCAACUGGCUACAUCACUUGUGUAAUAUUUGCUGGGUUUUUCUGGUUUUGUUUUGUUUUAGAAUAUGGGUGGGAGUGGAUGUAACUUCACAAUCCUAAUACAGUAAAUGUUUUGCAUCUUCCAUGUUUUAUGCAAAAAUAGACAUUUAAAUCAAUAAAUAAUUGUGCCCUAGACUGAAAGUUAAUGUUUAGGAGAGGGGAAAAUUGUUGGAAUUUUUUCUACAUUUUUUUGUGAAGAAUCUUUUUUGGAAAGGAAGGAUACAUAUUUUUGUUGUGUGAUAUUUUCUAUUUUUGAAUGCAUUUUAUUGGUACAAGACUGUUUUUUUGGUGAAGACAUUAUUUAAAAAAAAAAAGAAAAAAAAACUAAUCGAAAAGUUUGCCCUUAAGGAUAUGCUGCAGUUUUGAGGUUAAAAAAAUAACUGAUUCAAGAUGCGUGUUAAAAGUUGGGAUUAUAUUGUUGUUUUUUGUAAUUGUUACAAGAAGAAGUUUGUACCCACUGCUGUUUAUUUUGUUUCAGAUGAGUAAGUAAAGGGAUUGUUCUUGUUUUAUUCUUUUUUUAGAGAAAAAAGCUAUUUAUGAAAUGUCAAAAACACUGGACUGUGAGUUUAAGUGUGGAAGCAUUUUACCACCCUGUGUCUUCAACCAAUUAUGGGAAACCCCUUUUCUCUUCCCCCCCGCCUUAGCCUUGCCAAAUGAGAAAAAAAUAAUAAUAAUAACAGCUCUCAGAUGAUUGAAGCCACCGAAGCCCUGCUUUAAUUUUUAUGGUUUAAAAAAGUUGGAAAACCAAAGUUAAAUUUGUUUCUGAAAUCCUAUUGUCCAUUGCCUUUAUUGUUGUCGUUGUUGUUUGAAUAACCCAGCCUGUAGGCUCUGCCUCUCUAUCUUAGAUCAUUGCCUUCUUAGGGACUGGGGGCCAGCUCUGCUACAGAGAGAGGCCUACAGGUGGUGAACCUGAAUGCUGAGGUCUCACAGAGAAAAAUGUGAGUGGCACUUCAGUCUUUCAGGGGCAACCAACCUUCCCCAUCCUGGGCAAGGCUGCCAGGAGAGCACAACACCAACAAUGACUGCCAUCUCCUUCACCUUCUGCUUCUAACCCCCUCCAGUUUCCAUGGCUCUGCUUUCUCAGCAGCUGACAUCCCAUGGAUGGGAGGAGGCAGGAAUCCAAAUGGAAGACAUGGCUGCAGGUGCUAUGAAGGCACCGUCAGCCCUGGGGGAGGCAGGGCAAGGGACCACUCAGCACACGGGACCUUGCCGGCCUCCUCUGACUCUGUGGAUUGUCCAUCCAUCUGCUCACUGUGAAGAUGGAGAGGCAGUGUGCCCUGAGGCUGUCCAAUAGCUUUUCCAUAUUUUUUCAACAUUGAAAAAAUAAUUUUAAAAAACUGUGAUAUAUAUUUUUUUGGAAAAAAAAAAUCAUUUGGCUGGAGGGAAGGGAAAAGGGAAACACCAAAAGCUGUAACAUGAUUAACUGGAGAUAUUUAACUGGGGCACUUUUAGACCAAGUCAAAUACAUUCUUAUCUGGACCCUAAAGCAGCCAAAUCUUGAGACUGUCAAUGAUAGAAAGCUGAAGAGAGGCCUCCAUCUCCUCCUUUCUCCUUUCUUCUCUUUGUUUCAAAAUUCUCUCUUGUUCCAAUUCCCUCAAAUGACUGCUCCAUGGCCCUCAGCCUCUCACUUCAUGCACACACACACACACACACACACACACACACACACACACACACACUCACUGGAAAAGUACCAUUUUUCUUAAAGAUUGUGGGACCGAAUAAAAUCAUGUGCCUUCAUUUUUUUCCUUUUAUAGUUAGAUGAACCUCUUCUUUUUUACAAUGUUAAGGUGGGGGGUGGGGAGAUAGGGAGGCUGAAGUGUUAGUGGAAGACUUGGGCAUCAUUUGAUGAAUCAUUUUUGUUUAGCAUACUUCCCCUAAACAUUCAACACAAACAGCUGAAGCCCUUCACAACACCCUUUGGACAUCUAGAAUAUCAUUAAUCAGGUACCUUGACAACUUCAAUCCACUUGAGUUUAGAGCAAUUUCUGUUAUUUCUAUUGCAUGGACCUCUUUGAUUUUUAUCAAAAUGAGGUGAGCAAGGCAAGCUGCCUCAUUCUCCUGAUUGGUGCUUUUGCUCCUGUUGUAGGAUGGGCAUGAGGGUGGGGGUGGGAGUGGGGGGUGUUUCAACAAAGGGUGCAUUCCUAAAGAUCUCUGGUGCUGAAGGGCCUUUCAGAGACUGUCUUUGACACACUUUAAAUACAUAUACAUGAAUGGUAUCACAUGCAAUAUUUAAAUGGAGCAAUGGAAGAGGCUCUUUGAAAUGGGGUUUUGCAUCUUUUUGUAACUUUUUGAUUUCUCUGGUGCCUUAUUCCUAUUUGAAACUGGCACUGACAUACCCACAAGAAACGGACACAGAAAUCACCCUCAGGAGUGGGGACUUUGAGUAUGCAGGGGCCACAAAAAAGGUCAGUGUCAGUUGGUGAGGGAAAAUAUAUGACAUCUCAGCUAAAUCCAAGCAGGGACUGCACACGUCAUCACAGUCAAAGUGAGCAAAUCUCAUAUGCAGACACACACAAACAACCAAUUCAUUCUUUCUUGUCUUAGCUCUCCUUCCUGCUUCCUUUUCUAUCUCUACCUUCUCAUAACGGUGCUGCUGCUGCUGCUAAGGUGCCCGGAGUCCAGAAUGCCCAGUAAUCACUCAGGCACAAGCCUGUCACUGCCACGCCAGCCCCUGGCACAACCAAGCCCAGGUUUCUCUUGCUUUGGGGCUGAGAACAGUCAGAUUCUUCUCAUCAAAAAAUGUUUUCCAAGGAAUCAAUGGAUUACAGUUAUUCUGCAUUGAAAAUGCACUUUAAAAAUAAAUAGAAGCUCCAGACUGCUUAAAAUAUACAGAGGGAGCAGGGGAAAGAUAAACAUGCUAUAGUGUCUGAACCCAGUUCAGUUUAUCUCCAGUUGAAAUAAUAUACACUCUAUUAUGUAUAAAUGUAUACACACUUGCUAUAUAUACCCACAUAUAUAGUGUAUAUAUUAUACAUAUAUAGGUGUGUUCAAUGUGCAUGUGUACACACAUGCGCAUCACAAAAUCAGUGCUCAUUACAAAUCCAGAUGCUCAUUACAAAUCCAGAUGCUACCCAGACAGCAGCAGAGGAAACAAGGUUGGACUCUUGCAACAGAUCACAAAAAAUAGAAACAGCCACUUGCAGUGACUUUGGUCAUUUCUGUAUGUUCACAAGGAAUGGAUUGUAACAAAGAAAAAAAAAAAGGAACGGUGUUAGGGAAGAGAGGAAAACUGGGCGAAACCAUCUUGAUCCAAUGCAGUAAUGUUCUAUACCAUUUCAUCUGCUUUCUUUUAGUCAUGUUGAUUUGAUUUCCGUUUUUUGGCUAUUAAAAAUAUUCUAAACGCAAGUAACCACAUCCAAGUGAAUACAAACAACUACAGUGAAAGCCCUUUUCAGAGGAAGAUGUCAGAAAUCUCAAAACCCUUGGCCUGGCUCAGAGCUACCAUGUGCAAAUCAAUUCUCUUUUAAUGUUUGAAAUAAAAACUGAAAAAUAAAACUUUUUUGAAGCACCUUAACGUGGCUAUCCAUUUGAGGAGUGGGUGCCACUUUUUUCUUUGAGCACCUUAUUGACGUGUUUUUGCUAUCUGCUGUCUUUCUGUUACCUGUUGGCUGACUGGCUAGCUGUUAACACAUGCAUGUGCGCAGAUCAGACCUCUGGGCAUGUGUGUCCUCAAUGAAGUUUACUGUGGUGACUGCUGAAAGGUGAACCCAUUUCCUGAUUUUCCUGCCACAGUGUUGUGAUAAGAUUUGAAGAAACCCUUUUCCCAGGAACGUUUCUUAUCACAUUGGAUCUUCAUACAGAAAGGAAUGAGGUCCCUUUUAUGCAAUUGCUACUGUGUAUACACACACAUUGACAUAUGCGCACAUACACUGUAUAUUCAGAUCUAAAUACAUAGACACGUGCAUGUACGUGCACACACACAAGCAUAAUUCAUUUGUCCAAGUGAUAUUUCCAGUGUUGGUGUCACAGACUGUUUCUGCAGUUUCCAUUUCCCAAGUGAAUUUUGAACAGAAGGAAACUUUUCUGACCAGACUAUCUUUUCAGACUGAAGACCUGGGAACUGGGGAAGAAUUUGGAAGAGAGAGAGAGAGAGGCAAGGAAAGACAGCUGUAGACUGGAAGAGUAACUUUCUAAGAGGAAUGUGGGCUGAAUGACUGCAGACCUACCCUCUGUCCUGAUGCGUGGACAUAAAACACUGCUUGUACCAAUCUGUGUGCCGUAGAAAUCCACACAUCCAUGAACACUUUCAUCCUCCCGUAGAUACAUGGUUUGUGAUGAGCAGGUCAAUAGUUUUGAGAGGAAGUUUGUUCCUUUUUUUUUUUGUUUCUCUCAUUAUACUCUUAACUUGUCAGUUAUCAAACAAACAAACAGAAAAAUUGUUUUGAAGAACCUUGCAUACGCCUUUUCUAUCAAGUGCUUUAAAAUAUAGACUAAAUACACACAUCCUGCCAGUUUUUCUUACAGUGACAGUAUCCUUACCUGCCAUUUAAUAUUAGCCUCGUAUUUUUCUCACGUAUAUUUACCUGUGACUUGUAUUUGUUAUUUAAACAGGAAAAAAUUUCAAAAAAAAAAAGAAAAAUUAACUGUAGCGCUUCAUUAUACUAUUAUAUUAUUAUUAUUAUUGUGACAUUUUGGAAUACUGUGAAGUUUUAUCUCUUGCAUAUACUUUAUACGGAAGUAUUACGCCUUAAAAAUACGAAAAUAAAUUUUACAAGGUUUCUGUUUUGUGUGGAAGAGUAAUUGAUGUUGCUAAGAAUGAUGUUUGUUUUUUGGGGUUUUUGUUGUUUUUUUUUUAAAUGUUACCAGCACUUUUUUUGUAAGUUUCACUUUCCGAGGUAUUGUACAAGUUCACACUGUUUGUGAAGUUUGAAUAUGAAGGAAUAAUUAAAAAAAACUCUCUUGU